UAAAAUGGCGUGGAGGAACGGAUUCUUGAUUUUGGUUUAUUGUUUUGUUUAUUUUCAAAGAACUACAUCAAAGACCGUAAGCUUAUCUGUUGACAAAACACUUCCGGUUAUAGAAGGAGACAACAUAGAUUUUACUUGUGUAGUAACAGGAACUCCGAGAUUUGUUACUUUCGAAUCAUCGCUCGUGGAAGGAGAUAUCGUCGCCUGGAUAUUUCCAAAUGAUAGCUGUAGUUUUUUUCAAUCCCCAAAUAGGACCGUGUUUGAUGCCUCUUGUGACUGGCCAUUAACAUUUUCUAUGACUAUUUUGAAAGCUUCAUCUUCUUAUCAUCAAAGUAACGUCACAUGUGAAGUUUUAUAUAGUUCUGAGGCUUCUGAUUCAGUGGAAGGUUUUAUUACCGUUGAGGUGAACGUACCGUUAGUGGCUGUAGACAUGGAAAUUAAAGAAAACAUAACUCUGCAAGAGAAUGCUGAAAUUAAUAUCACGUGUGCAGCUAGAAGUCGUCCUCUUCCACACUUUACAUGGUUCGUAUCUGGACGUCAGAUUCACGAUAAUUACACACUAACAACGUUUGAUGAAACGGGACCAUCGGGAACCAGUACACUCACGUAUACUGGGAACAGGACCGAUAAUGCGGAGCGAUUGUAUUGUGUUGCAAAUAGUGGUGAAAAACAGCUGAAUAAUGGAACCUUCUUAUCAAUUACAUACCCACCGGACAUUGAUGUUUAUCAAAAUGGAAUCCCAAUAGAAGGAACUCAACAAUAUAAUAUAUCCUGCUUAAUUCUAGAUAGCAAUCCUUCAGUCAACAAUUUUAGAUGGUAUAUUAAUUCAGAACUGGUUUCCGAACAAACCAGUAAUAUCCUGACAAUAGGUUAUUUGAAUAGAACCGAUACUAACAACUACACAUGUAAUGCAACCAAUGGCAUCGGAGAACCGACUACAGAUAUUAUCUUUCUGGAUGUCUUAUAUAAAGGAUCAAUUUUGAUGUUCACCACUACAAAUACAUCUAUGAAAGAGGGACAAACAUAUACAGCUUAUGUCGAUGUAGAAGGCAAACCUCUACCUAACGUAACAUGGACACGUGAUAGAACAGACGCCAUAUUGCUGACAGAAAAUGACGUCACGAACAGCAGUCUGAAUAUGACUUCUAUGUGUGAGGACACAGGAAACUAUACUGUUUCUGUUGAUAAUGGUCUCAUUCAGCCAGACAGACGACAUUUCAGACUAAGUGUCUUCUGUUCACCACACAAGGAUCAGAGCACAAACAACCCGGACGAGAUAUCUAUCGAGGCUGGAGAGAUGUUUAAAUUAGAAACUAAGAUAGUAGCUUUUCCUCAACCCAACAUCACUUGGUAUUUCAGAUCCAACAGCUCUCAGACCAAUCGGAUCUUAAUUUCAGACAACAAUGUUCUGAUAUCUGAUAUUAGUAAUGACGCAAUCCAUCUACUGACACUAACCAUAGAGAAAACUAAUUCUUCACACAGUGGUCAAUACACUCUUAUGGUACACAACUCGAUAGGACAAGACAAUACAAGUUUUACUGUAAAUAUAAUUGAAGCUCAUUCAGAAUCUUCCGUGAAGGUUGAGGCUAUUGUUGCGGGCGUUCUCGGUGCUGUUGUGUUCAUUAUAUUAGCUGCUUGUGUAGUAAACUGCUACAGAAAGAAGCAAAAGAAAGAAAAACAACGCAAGAGAUCGUGGAGAUCAAGUUCAAAGGAUAUAGAUGAUAUUAUAAAAGAAAAUCCUAUUGAAGACUUUGGACCAAUAGAACCUGCAUAUACAAGUAAUACAAUGUAUUAUAAGAACCAACCCAGCAUACAGCCAAUAGAAACAGGUGAAAAUACAAAUAAAAUCUACGCUAAAGUUGUCAAGCAGACGACAAGACAGCAACCGGAAGUAGUAAUAGCCGACAGUGAUGCUAAUACCAAAUUAUGAAGUUGUUUGGCCAUGACCUACUGCCUACAACAUGGUGGUUCGAUGCCUGUCUCACAGUGUGUUAUUAUAGCUGGU